CAGUUCCUGCUCGCGUAUCGACGAGCAAAGGCGAAGUGUUCUCGACGCGUCACGCGCCGACUCCUUGUCGCCGACAGCAGUGAUUAGCAACUGUGCGAAAAGUGCAAAGGAGUCAAAAAAAGAUGCGGCCGAACGUUCUUACGAUGGCACGUGUUUUCCUGCCGAUUUUGCUGAUGGUAGCUGCAGCAACCGCGAGGAUUCACAAGCUAGACAUACGGAAAGAUGACAGGCACUACAUCACACUAAGCACAUUCGGUUUCUUCAGAGGUGGCAUUCUAACUGUGAAUCUUACGAAUUUCAAGUUUGAGCCGGCUGACGCCAAUAAAAAAUUGACACCGGAAAGUGCAACGAAAGCUGUGUUUGGAUUCAGCUUGAGCCAAACGCUCAUCGAUGCGAUUAAUCCGUACUUGCACAAUCACCUGGAUGGAUGCUUGCUACAAAAUAUGUCGAAUCCCAAGGCAGAGCAGAAAGAUGACAGCUCUAUCAUAUAUUUUACCAUGGACUUGAAGAAUUUAACGAUGCAAAUAAAUUGCAGCCGCAAUGUACGCGCUGCACAUAUUUAUAGAGAUCCCAGCACAGUGUUGAUGUACCGAACGAAGAGGAAUUCAUUAUCGGAAUUCAGCGAUACAGCGCUCUUUCCACGAAGAAAACGAAAUACACCGCAUGAGAUCGAAAGAACAUUUGUUAGCGGCGGUGAUUUAAAACUCGGGUCGGAGAGCAACGCCUGCUCCGGUCUGAAACUGCCGAUGACAAUGGAGACGACGACGAAGGGCGAAAGAUCGUAUAACACGAGCUUUGUCAUGUACGUCGCCACCGACGACGAAACGGGCCUGUACAAUCUCUAUUUUCACAAUUGUCAUAAUUACGACAGCUACAAAGAGCCGUUGCUCGUGGAUUUCACGGUAGAAGUAGCGGAAAUUAAUAACGACAACUUCCUCAGCGCCGGCGAAAUGCCGCUGCCGACUUUAUACUUCACGAUGGCGCUUCUCUUCUUUUUGUCAGGCUGUUUCUGGGUGUUUAUUCUUAAUAAAAGCAAGCACACCGUGUUCAAGAUCCAUUACUUAAUGGCGGUGCUGGUUUACCUGAAGUCUUUCUCAUUGUUGUUUCACGGGAUAAAUUACCACUUCAUCCAAACCAAGGGCGAGCAUGUGGAAGCGUGGGCAAUUUUAUACUACAUUACACAUCUUCUGAAAGGCGCCGUUCUCUUCAUUACUAUUGUGCUCAUUGGCACAGGAUGGAAUUUCAUAAAACCUAUUCUCACGGACAAGGAAAAGAAACUCUUCAUGCUUGUUAUACCAUUGCAAGUAUUGGCAAAUGUGGCUGAGAUAAUAAUUGAGGAAAGCGAUGUGGGCAAUUUACGUCGCGAAACCUCGCGGGAUACAUUCAUACUUGUCGAUUUGAUUUGUUGCGGCGCAAUUCUAUUUCCGGUGGUGUGGAGCAUCAGGCAUUUAGAGGAGGCUGCCCGCACGAGCGAUAAAGCAGCUAUGAACUUGCGCAAGCUAAUGCUGUUUAAGCAUUUCUACAUGAUGAUAGUUUUCUACAUAUACUUCACUCGAAUUGUAAUGUACAUACUGAAGAUUACUGUACGCUUCGACCAUCAAUGGUUGGAACAAACAUUCAGAGAGAUGGCGAGUUACGCGUUCUUCGUCCUGACAGGUUACAAAUUUCGACCGGCGUCCGCGAAUCCUUAUUUCACAGUACCGAGCGAAGAAACGGAGGCGGACGAUGAAGACGACAGAAUCGGUGUCGUCGUUUCCGGUAACAGCAUCAGCAGAGACUUUAGUAAAGUGAGCAAGGUGCCGAGAGCGGUGAGGUCCGCGACUUCGAAAGACCCAUCUACGGAAGAGGAACGGCACAAUCUCUUUCACAAUAUGGAAUCCUCUCGCGAAUACGAUUGAGAACAGUGGGAGUAAGUCGUGAUGGACCACGUUACGUGACGAAUGCGUCCGCGAUUGCGAGAUCUUCGAAUUCAAGUCGCGAGCUAAAGCGUGGAGAAACGAUAGACGAAGCAAAAGGCGAUGAAGAGAAACCAAUAAGGAUACGCGACUCAGAUCUGCAAGUUUUCUAUUCUUAGAUUCGUUUUAUACUUCUCGGAUGAGGAGAAAAAGUGCAAUGUACCUCAAUUUCGUACGUAUGCAAUCAAUAACCGCAGGUUUAUUUAUUCACAGGGAGAUAUUUUAAAUCGUAGUGCAUUUUUCUUAGGAUAUCGACUAUGUAUUUCUUGACCGCCUUCCGCUCUCGUUGUCUACCAUUCGAUCAGACGUAUUAGUGAGACACUUCUUCCUCUCUUUAUUUUCUUUAAGGGAUACUUUGAUAAAAACUGAAGUUAUUCAUUUCGCACUUAACGUUCCACAACAUUACGAUGUUAUGACACUAAUGUGAGAAGCAGACGAUGGAUACACGCGCGCUUUUUCAAGUCGCGCUUUUUGUAGUCGGUUUUCCGUAGGCAUUUAGAGAAACAUUUCCAUUUUCUUCUUUCUCAUGACACACGCUUAAUCUCCUUGAUAUAAGAAUCUUGUUGAUGAUGCGAAUAUUUUGUAUUUGCACUGUGUAAUCUUAUUUUUUAGACGAGCGGUGCAAUAAUCUCAUCUAACAAAUAUGUAUCCUCUCGCGAUAUUACGCGAUACUAUUGUACUAGGGUUAAUGUUAUUACUAUUCGAUAGUGGCUCUACCGGUAGCUGACGAAACUUAAGAACGAUAUAUGCCGGCAUAUAUCGUUCCUCGAACUGUGAUGUGUUUGCAACAAUCGUUCUCUCGAAAUUUUGAAAUUUGUAUUAAUUUGUUUUCUCUUACAUAUAACUGUAAUACAUAACUGUGUAAAGUGAAUUUCUUUCUUUGCGAAGGGACCCUUCAAUCCGCGACUGAUUAUAGUACUUACUAUUGUACACAAUUUUAUAUGUGUCGUCGUCACUAUUGUUAUCUAGGGCCAGCAUGGCCCUGGUUAUCCCGCUAUUACCAACUAUCGUAUACCUAUGUCGAGACAUGAAAAGUGUUCAGAGAAUAUUUAGAGCGGAUAUUUUUAUGAACAAUGUUCCAUGUGUGGCUAUUUAUUUGUUCCCUUUCCCGUGUAUAUUGUAUAUGAUGAAACACUGUUACAAUCCCCAGUGUUAACUUCUUAUCGAUCGUUAGAUUUAAUAAGAAAUUAAGAAGAAAAUUGUCGAUAUGGAGGAUGCGAAUCUGGAUCUACCCGGAGAAGAAAUCGUAUAAAAGAUCGGGAAUUUUCUACCUGAUUCAGUGCUAACCGAAGCUUAAUAAAACUUAUUGAAUGGCCCCCUAA